GGUGAGCUCCAUUCAUAACUCACGAUGCUCCGCGGGAAACACCUCAAAAAAAAUUGAUAAGAUCAAUAAAGCUUAGUGAAACGCCUGAGAGGCACAUGUGUGGGCACAGGCAGAGCCCGGGAGCCCGAGCAGGCACUUCAACGCAGACACGAUUGGUGGAAGUCGGUGCAGCAAUGCGCUAGCGCGCUGCUGCGAUUUACUUCACAACAACUGAGCUGCACACAGACCUGCUGCGGAAUGGAGCGGAUGUUCGAUGAGUACCAAAGUUGCCGCGAAAUUCACAGCACGGUCGACACGCCGAACAACAGGCACUCGCGCUUCUGGCGCGUGCUGCUGUCGCAUGCCAAGUGGUCCUUCCUGGUGUCGUUCCCCUUUACAUCGCUCCUCAUCGGGGGCUCGUACACCCGUUCGACCUUCGUGGAGAUGAGCCGUGGGGCGAGGAUGUCCCUCGCCUUCGUCGCCAUGAUCUACACUCUGCACUUCAUGAUGAGCCACGGGCGGCCUCAUUUGGACGAAGUGUUUGUCAGAUUUACUGAAAUUGGGAAGCGCAUGGCGCCCGACAGCAUCGCUAGGAAGAGGCGCCAGUUGGAGGACACGGCUGAUUUCAUCAAUUUAUGUCUACGGACGGGCAAAUGGUGGUCUACAGCCAAUGUUGCAACUAUCGCAGUGCCUUUUAUGUUUUCACAGGAAGAACUGGACUUAAAGUUGGCGCCGUGGCCACCUGGCAAGGAGUGGGUGGUCAUCGGGUGGAUAGUGCAGAUGUGCGUGGCCUACCCCUUCGCUUACCCGACGUGCCACUUCUUCUUCAUGUACGUGAUACUCAACAAGAUACAGGUCGUUCUGCAGGACGUCAUCGCCGACCAGGCCGCGGCCGCCGACACGCCCGAGAAGCUCAGAGAGGUGGCGAUAGUGGAUGUGAAGCUGGCACACGUGAGCGCCAACCUUCGGUCGCUCAUGCAGACCUUCACCCUCAUCAUGAUGCUCAUGCUCGUGGUGCCCACUGUCACCAUGCUCAUGAUCAUACUCCAGGGCUACUUCGACCUCUUCUCGGUGACGGGGGCGCCCUACGUCGUAACCUUCGUCGUUCUGUGCUACCAGGGCCAGGGGCUCUCGGACGCUUGUGUGCGAAUUUCGGAUGAGCUGUACGGCGGACACUGGCAGGAGGUCCUAGACAAAGGUUAUCGUUCCAACGUCAAAAUCAUGCAGAUACGGCGUGGUCGACCGCUCGUCUUGACGGCUGGGGCGGGUGUCGGCGCGCUCAACCUCCACGUGUGCAAGGAAACGAUGAAAUCGUGGUACCAGCUCCUGCAGUUACUCUUGAAAUUAUUUUAAGUCAACUGCACCGAAUUUUACCACCUUUAAUCCGUGUUAUUUUAAAAUACAAUCGGAUAAUAUGAUCAGUAAUUUGGCGUUUUACCCAAUUUUGUAGCAUUUUUAGUAAUGGCAGCAAAAUAUAUAUGUAAAAAUAUACGACCAUUAAUAAGAAUUUAGAAACGUGGG